AUGGAGUCACAUAACAAUUGGAUGAGCAGGAGGGUUACUAGCCUGAAAAAUGAUCUAGAUUUUGUCAUUAUUAAUGGGUAUGGGCCAAUCCUUAAUGAGGAUAAAAAGAGAGUAUGGGAGGAAAUUGAGCAUUUCACGGGAACCCUUAAUCAGUUAUGCAUUUUAGGAGGGGACUUUAAUGCAAUUUUGCAUCAUCAUGAGAAGCAAGGAGGCUUAGGUAAAAAUUCUCAUGCUUCUCUUGACUUUGCAGAUUGGAUCCAUCAUUAUGGGAUGAUAGAGAUCAAUAUGGUAAAGGAAGCCUUUACCUGGAAUAAUCGAAGGUUAGGUUUUAGCAACAUUGCAGAGAAACUUGUUAGAUUCUUUGUAUUGGGUAGUCUCAUCAACUUUCCCUUUACCUUGGAUGCCUCUAUUCUACCUUUCUCAGGAUCGGAUCACUUCCCUAUUCAACUUGGCAUUCAAGCCAAGGUUUCUGGGUUUGGGAUCUACAAGGUUGUUAACAAACUUAAGAUUAUUAAGAAAAAUCUCAUCCAUUGGAAUAAGGAGCACUUUGGCAAUAUUUUUGACAAUAAGGCCCGAGUGGAAGCUGAGUUGGUAGAAGUUAAUGAGAAAGUGAUGAGACGUGGGAUGGAUGAGGCCCUAUUUCUGAGAGAAAAGAAUCUCCUUGUGGAUCAUGAAUCUAUUCUUGUCAAAGAAGAAGUAUUUUGGAAACAAAAAUCUAGAGAGACUUGGUUGGAGGAGGGUGACAAGAACACCAAAUUCUUCCAUAAUAGUGUGAGGAUGAGAAGAGUUAUUAACCAUAUCUCCAAGAUUAAGUUGAGUGGUGGAUCUGAGGUGGCUAACCCUAAACUCAUUGCGAAGGAGGCUAUAGAUUUCUUUUCUCUUAUUCUCAACUCCGACCGGAGCCCUCAUGGUUUUGUCCAGGACAAGUUUAUUAAGUGUAUCCCAAAUCUUCUGAGUAAGGACCAAACCGAUUCUCUGACUACUAAAUUUUCUUUAGCAGAAGUAGAAGCAGCUCUUGUGUAG